AUGCGUUUCGGCCUUACUCUCAGAAAAUCCAUCUAUCCACCUUGGAAGGACCAUUACAUUGACUACAAAAAGCUGAAGCUGCUGUUGCGUGAACACGAAACCAGGGACGACUCGCAGGAUGGGAGUGAUGAUGAAAGCCCCGAAUGGACGGACCAAGAUGAAGAGACUUUUGUGCAGGAGUUGAUCAAUGUUCAGCUCGAUAAGGUCAAUGCCUUCCAGGUCAACACCUAUAAGCAGCUGCGGGAUCGGACCUCAGACUGCGAGGCCAAGUUAGAGCCUUUGGUUGUCAAAGAUGAUGGUUCCUAUCAGCUGAAGGAUGCGGAUCAGAGGAGACAGACGGCUGAGAGUGCCAUGAAGGAUCUAGACACGAUUACCGAGGAACUUAGCGAAUUGGAAAAGUACAGUCGUAUCAAUUUCACUGGAUUUCUAAAAGCUGCGAAAAAACAUGAUCGGAAACGAGGUACGCGCUACAAGGUAAGGCCCCUGCUUCAGGUGCGCUUGUCCCAGCUGCCGUUUAAUUCAGAGGAUUAUUCCCCCCUUCUCUACCGUCUGUCGACUAUGUACUCCUUCAUCCAUCAGAAUCUGGGACAACGUGGCUCUAGACAGCCUACCGAUGGAGGUCCCACUGUGGAUACGCAUCUGGGACAGGAUGCAUAUACCUCGCAUAAAUUUUGGGUGCACAUGGACAAUGUUCUGGAAGUGAAAACGUACAUUCUACGCCGCUUGCCCGUGUUAGUUUACAACCCCAGUGUGUCUGCCAGGGACCUCCAAAUGACCCAUAAGGAUCCAACAAUUACCUCUCUAUAUUUUGAUAGCCCUAAGUUCGAACUGUAUAACCAAAAGGUUGCCAAAACACCGGGGGCCAGUUCUUUGCGUCUUCGCUGGACUGGCCAAUUAAGAGAUCGGCCAGAGAUUUUCUUGGAGAAAAAAGCCAUGAGCGAUGGGGAUAGCAGCAAGGAAGUCAGAGUCCGCAUUAAGGAGAAGCAUAUUGAAUCGUUCUUAAAGGGAGAGUACAAAAUGGAAAAAAUCAUCAACAGGAUGGAAAGCCGUGAUGUUCCCGUUUCAGACAAUGCGGAGGCUCUGAGGAGGGAUGUUGAAGAAAUCCAAUCAUUUAUUCGAGAGAAGAGGCUCGAGCCCGUUCUCCGAGCUACUUUUACCCGAACGGCAUUCCAGAUUCCGGGCGAUGAUAAACUUAGGAUAUCCCUCGACACCGACUUGGCUCUUAUCAGGGAGGAUUCGCUGGAUUUGGAACGCCCUUGCCGAGAUCCCGAUAAUUGGCAUCGGACAGAUAUUGAUGAUAGAGAGUUGGAGUUUCCAUUUUCAGAAAUCCGCUCGGGUGAAAUCUCUCGAUUCCCUUACGCCCUCCUAGAAAUCAAAGUACGAGGCGGCAACCUACGUAGGGCAAAUAGGGAAUGGCUGCUUGAUUUGAUGUCAUCUCACCUCGUCAAGGACGCUCCUCGAUUCUCCAAAUUUGUACACGGCGUGGCAGAACUUUUUGAAGAUUAUGUUAACAGCUUCCCUUUUUGGUUGAGCGAGCUGGAGACAGACAUCCGUCGGGACCCUGAAACCGCCUUUCAGGAGGAGCAGGAAAGAAUUGCAAAACAAGCAGAAGACGAACUUGCAGUAGGAAGCUUCCUGGGAACUGGAGCUCGUUAUAGCCCCUCUACCAGGCCCAUGAUCGGCUCUCCAGUACACAGAGUAUUUUCUGUCGAAUCUCCCCCCGCGGAAAGCUCUCGGUUAAUCGACAGCAUCCGACCCCUCUCCUCUGGAUCGGAACCAAUUCCCAUCCAAAAACCUCGAAAACCAUCCACCCCCCCUUCACUGCCACCCUCGCGCCCCUCAGGCCUACUCUCCUUCAUCCCACUCACCAUGUCCCGGUACGCCACCGCGCACAGGCAGCCCUCCUCAUCUCCCUUACCACCAGGCGUCCGCGCGCCACGAACGUGGCUCAAGGACUCCGGCCCCGUCCGCGUCGAAGCAAAAGUGUGGCUUGCCAACCAGCGCACCUUCAUAAAAUGGCAGCACAUAUGCGUAUUGCUUGCUACCCUUUCAUUGGGUCUGUAUAAUGCCGCUUCUGUAGAAAAUACAAUCGCUCGUUCGCUAGCGAUUGUGUACACGUGCUUCGCCAUUUUUGCGGGCGGCUGGGGUUGGUGGAUGUACGUGACGCGGGCGCGGUGGAUUCGGGAGCGCAGUGGGCGGGAUUUCGAUAAUGUCGUUGGACCGAUGGUUGUUUGUCUGGGUUUGGCUGUAGCCCUUGCGUUGAACUUUUGGUUUAAGUACAACGCGAAAGUAUGGAAUGAGGAUGAACCUAUUUCUUCUAAAGGCUCCGCUACUUCCCCGGGAAACGUUACUACACAGGAUGUAGAGGAUGCUUGGAUGCUCGUUAACCAAGCUGCCGCUGCAGCAGGUCGAAAAGGCUUAUGA